AUGGGUAACCCGUCACGUGAGUGCCCGUCUGGCUGUCGGCAGGAAGAAGAAGAAAUGGCCGCUGUCGACACUUCGCAGGCUUCGCGGUCGAGUUUAUCUGAUCACAGACGGGUCAGCAGAAAAGUGUGGAACGCGGCGAAGUGCACGACAUGCGCCAUCGUCGUACCGGUGGCCGUUCUCACCAUCGUCUUAUUAGCCUUUCCGGUGCGUCGCAGGGCGGUACUCGGCAGGCUUCGGGGUCACAUGCUGUCCUGGGACGCAGAUUUGCCCGUUCGUCCGAUUCAUUACGACCUACAAAUCAAGCCGAAUUUCCAUAACGAAUAUUUUACCGGUGAAGUGAACCUCGUGGUGCAGUGCAUACGCGACACGUCUUUGAUCACCAUGCACUCAAGUGACUUGCUCAUCAAGAAGGCCGUCCUGCGCGAUGACAGCGGAAACGAAAUCCACGUCGCCUUCUUUGCAGACGAGGACAACGAACUGCUCGAUUUGAGGCUGGCCUAUAGAAGGCUGCUGUCCGGAAGCCACUACAACCUCACCAUCAGCUUCAGCGGUACCAUGAAGAAGGAAGGAGAAAAUAGUUUGCUUCUGAUUGACAGCUACCCGGACGCCGGCAACUCGUCCAAGAUCGUGAAAGCGUGGACGUUCGCCAAGCUUAGAAGCGCUCGCCAGCUGUUUCCAUGCUUUGAUUUGUCCAGCCAAAGGGCCACUUUUGAUGUACGUGUGGUUAGGCCAAAGUCGUUCGUUGCCAUCUCUUCGGCAGACGAAAGCAGUUGCAGCGCCGAGGGCAUUAGCGACCGGGUGCUGUGCGCCUUCCGGAGAACCACCAGAAUCUCGCCGGACCAACUGGCGCUGGUCGUGACCAACCUUAGCAGCGUCACUCAAGGCAGGGUAACCCUCUGGUCUCCGGGACUGUCAAACCUGGCGGAACUUGCCGAUAGAAUCGUGACCGUCUCUGAAAAAGAAAUGGAAUUCGUAUUUCCGUGCAAGGAGCUUCACAUCGUCGCUGUCACAACUGUGGGCAAGCUUGUGUCAUCCAAGUGGUGCGUAGUGAUUGUCGAGGCGAGGAAGCGGGUCUGCUCGUUGACUGCAGGGUUUAUGAAAAAGAAAUUCAACUGCGUCGUUUCGCUUGUAAGCCAAGUACUGUUCAUGUGGAUGGACGCCGUCGUCGUUUUCCCGGACGAUGGCUAUCGCUGGUUCAGUGUCACAUUCUCCGUAUACUACAGCUUCAGAGUCCUGCGAGUUCUCUUUCCGACGUGGGGCAUCGAUGAGCUCGUCGCUCUCCGUGUGAUCACCUCUAAGAGUGCCUACAGGGAGCCGCAACCCCCGCUCAAGAAAGAACUCGUUCUUCAACAGCUGCCGGAGUACGUGAGCGCGAUUGUCUGGAAGUCCGUAGGAGUCCUGCGCAUGUUCGAAAACGUGAUCACGUCCGCCAAUUUUAUCAGAGGUGUCACCCGAAUGCUAAAAACCUUCCAGUAUAAGACGGCGAGCAGCAAGGACAUAUUGAAGACUCUCGAUCCAACCUGUGGACUGUUUAAAAACAUGUCGACGUGGCUUUCAGAUCCAGCCUACCCGCUUGUUACAGCGCGUCGCACCCAUGCGACGUCUCUGGCAGUGCAGCAGGAGACAUUCCGGGACGUGUCCCGUUUCUCUUACCCUUCUCGCCACGCCUUCCCCAUGAUGGUGACUGUUCAGAGGGGCGGUAAGCAGGAGCCCAGUUUUGUAGCCUGGAUGACUAAUAUGUCUCAGAUGCUCGAGGUUCCCGCCACCUCUCCGAAGGACUGGAUCCUUGUUAACGGCGACGGUAUCGGCUACUUCCGCGUCUUGUACACUCCGCUGGACAUGUCGCUCAUCACAGAGCAGCUCAACAAGGACCACAGCGCGUUCACGCCUGUUCAGAGAGCCGUCUUCAUCGAUGAUUUCUUCUACGCGGCGUUGAGUGGGCGCAUUUCGUCGAACCAGUUUGCCGAGGCUAUUAAGUACUUGCCGUCGGAAGACGCCUGGCUGCCUCUGAUGGCGUACCUAGAGCUGGCCGAUAAUAUUCCUUACCAGUGGCUGGGCGCUUGGAAGGCUGGAGGCGUGCUCGAUUGGAGGGUCUUUAACGUGAAGUUUUGCUCUCAGGUAUUGGCCGGAAACACGAGACCACAGCGAGAAUCCGCGAGAGUUCUCUUGCACGAAUCUCUUCUCACGCACUGCUGCGCCUACCUCAGGUACGCGUGUCGACCGCGGCCGUAAGUCGGCAGAGCACUGGCGUGUUCGCGUGACGUCACUGCGAAGAAACUUGCGACAGUUGGUUACAAAUGAAAAGUCGCAAGGCAGCCACUGAAGUUGAUGCUACAGGGUCAGAUUUGGUAUGUGGAAAUAGCUCUCCGGAGAGCCGCUGUCAUAUAUGUAUUUGAAAAUAAGAUUUGGAAUUGUCCAUUUUAUAGGUAAAGCUGUUAUGAGUGGAUUUGCAGAUUAUUUACUUUUAUACUGAGCAAAACAUUACCGUUCAGUGCAUAUUUAAGAACCAUAGAGGUGAAGAUGGCCUAAGAUGGGACAGGGUGAGAACGAAAUCGCCAUUUAUAAAUUAUAAUGCACGCGUGCUCUAAGGCAGAUGGUUUUGCAUAUAUCACGUACCGCUCUAUAGAUUAAGUCGUUCGCGCCGGCAUGCAGCAGUUCUAAGGUCGUUAAAUCUCUAUUUUAAUCGGAAUACCCACAGGCAUUAAGUUUCCGUGUGGCCGACUGCCUCUAAGCGCGUGCUUUCCAAGUUAAGUGGAGCAAUCGCCAAGGUGGGAUUCUCUCUGGGGUACCCAACAGCUAUAUAAGACCGAAACGAGAUGGUAAAAGUUAAUUUCAAGAGUAGUGCCUCACUGUUCAAAACCAGAUCGGGGUGCCUGAAAACACGGCGUUAUAGGAGACAAUUUUCCGAUCACUAUCUAUGCAUGCGUAGCGUGCGGAAAUAGCGCAGAAACUUUUGGGUGCGUUUUGUUAGCAUGCCGCAGUAUGCACCCAGAGGUAAAUGAGCGCGUAGUUAAGCUGACCGGCGAGGCCUUAAAUUUUUGAGACAAUGGAGGAAAGAAGAGAUCAUCUACGGCGGGAGAACAGUGAAGAAUGGCUGGAAGAUAAGUGGUGUAAAGAGGGCGGGUAUAGGAAAACGUUUAGACAAUAAAAAACGUACGUUACUUUUAUAUAGAGCAAUAGAAUACAUUUAAGGUCAGAUGGUUUGUUAGCACGAACCACGGAUUGUAAGGGUAGGGAAUAGAUGCAGAAGGAACGUGAAAAUGGCAAGCUUGGUGGUACCAGCCACUAUCUAGUC